AAAGUGUUUGCCGGAAGUAUUAGGUAGUGAAAGAAUAGGACGCCAAACUAGAGCAUCCUGAUCCUGACGUCUUCUACGCAUAUUUUUUCCCCUCAUCGAGCGUUUGAAUGUCAUCGGGGAGACGACAAAAUACGACGUUUAAUCGGUGCUUUUAAAAUUUUUGUCCCCUUGGAUUUUAUACCACAUUCCUUCUCGUCGUCGUCUGUAAUGGCCGAGAGCGUCCUCAGCAUCAGGACCAGUUCAGGAGGGCCGGAGCCGCUCGGACCUACGACAAUCGAACAACACACCUAACUCCAUCAGUAAUAUUUAGCAUAUUAAAAUAUUUUCAUUUUAGCAUAUUUACAAGACAUUGUUUAUACUUACUUCACAUCUCCAGAACAAAUACGGACACUGGUUUGAUUACAUAUGUACCACGUUGCCUUGACUGACCUUUGAACUUCCUGCAACAACCCGCCAGCCCAUGAUGUUAAAAUGGUCGCCGCCAUGACAGCGCGCCACAGGAGUGGUGCGCCGUGAGCAGCAUCAGUGCCAGUGUAGAUGACAUCUUCAGACGCAAGCAGGAUGUCCGAACUCCUGGCGGGCCUCGGCGCCGACGCCACCGAGAAGGCUCGGCUCGAGCUCAACGAAAACCCAAACACGCUACACCAGGACAUACAACAGGUGCGUGACAUGAUCGUGACUCGUCCAGACAUUGGCUUCCUGCGUACAGACGACGACUUCAUCCUUCGCUUCCUCCGAGCGCGCAAGUUUGAUCCGGUGGAAACGUUCCGCCUGCUGGCGCAGUACUUCCAGUUCCGACAGCAGAACCUCGACAUGUUCCAGAGCUUCAAGGUGGAUGACCCCGGCAUUAAGCGGGCAUUGAUGGACGGCUUCCCAGGCGUUCUGGAGAGUCCGGACCAACAUGGCCGGAAGAUCCUCAUCCUUUUUGCCUCCAACUGGGACCAGAGCAGGAACUCGUUCACAGACAUCUUGCGGGCCAUUCUGCUAUCGCUGGAGGUUCUGAUCGAGAAGCCCGAGCUGCAGAUCAACGGCUUCGUCCUCAUCAUCGACUGGAGCAACUUCUCCUUCAAGCAGGCCUCGAAGCUAACGCCCAACAUCCUCAAGCUAGCCAUCGAAGGCCUACAGGACAGUUUCCCGGCCCGCUUCGGAGGCAUCCAUUUUGUCAACCAGCCGUGGUACAUUCACGCCAUGUUCACCAUCAUCAAGCCUUUCCUCAAAGAAAAGACCAGGAAACGGAUUUUUCUCCACGGCAACAACUUGAACUCGCUCCAUCAGCUCAUCCAACCCGAGUGUCUGCCGUCCGAAUUCGGGGGUACGCUUCCCCCGUAUGACAUGGGCAUGUGGGCUCGCACCCUGCUGGGUCCUGAUUACAUGGACGAGACCGAGUACACGCUCACCUACGACGCCCUGCACGUCCGAGAGAACUGCGGGGGAGGCGUGGACAAGGAGCUCAUGAAGAGGUCUCAGUCUGUGGUCAAUCCUGCCAUGCUGCGACAGACUGACAGAGAGACCAGCACGCCGCUCCUGGCCCUGGACUGAAUACACACACACACACACACACACACACACACGCACUGGCACACACACAGUGCUGGAUUUCGACUUGUGUUGUUUCGUCCCGUCCAGCUGAACUUUGACUCGUAUUUCCUGUUUCUGAGCCCAAAUGUAAUGUGUGUGUAUGCUGCAUACACACACACACACACACACACGCUCUUACCUGUGAUUGUGCGUCCCCACGCUGGUUAAGCGUGUUAGCUUUGAGGAGGAAUGUAGAAAAGGUGGUCAUGACUUUUAAUGGUGACAGUGAAUGUUUGCUCACCAUCAUCAUCAUCAUCAUCAUCCUCAUCAUCUGUGACAAUGACGCCCUGACAUUCAUUCAGUCAAUCGUUGUGAUUGUAGAUGACAGUUUCUCAUUUUUUUUACUGAGCCAAUGCUCGCCACCAAAUUUAAAAGCAGAAUGUGUACCGGUUAUCAGGGAAUAUUCGGUUGAUCGUUUCAGCCCUCUGGUCAACUCUCAAGUCCACUAUGUAAAAAUCGAGGUCCAAGAUUUUAAAAAAGAAACAAUCUUGAAAAAAAGGAAAAAAAAGACUUAUUUUAAGUGAAACUGGCUAAUUUCCAGUUGCUUAUCACGCACGUGACAAACCAUUAGCACUCUUGCUAGCGUCACUGGCCCAACGGGAUGCUAACCUAUUAGCCAGGUUCGCGUGUCACGUGGUCACACCUGAUUGUCGUCGUCGUCGAUGCAUCUCGCUAUCACAAUCGUUGCUCGGUUUACCCGCCACAUAUAAAUGAAGACACUUUUUGUCAUUUAUCGUCAGCUUUCCAAUCAAGGAAAAUGUCACUCGGGUAGAAAAAAAACAAGCGGUCCGUGCAUGUCAAUUAGGUAAGAAAAAGUUCUUCUCCAACCCCCGAGUACCACGUUUUCAUGCUUUUUAAGUAUUAACGCCGUCAACACACACCGAAUGCCAAAACGUCACUGAAAGAUUGUUUUUAUUCAAUUGAACUCGUUUCAACGAUUGUAUAGUUCAUGUACUGGUGCGCUGCAAAAAAUGGUGGAACAGUUUGCGUCCGACAUUGAAAUCGUUGCAGGUGUUCGGAUGGAAAAAAGUUGGUCCUUUGUUUGUUGCGGCGCCACUCGACAUCAGGGCUACACUCGUCUCUUUUCAUGUAUUUACUGCAGAAUGUAAACUAGUAAACAUUUACACCUCCA